UUGUGCUUUUUAUUUAAGGCUUUCAACAAAGAAGACAGCUCUGUGUUCCACAAACCUCUUGCUCUGGGUCGCAGUGCUCUCUGCGAGCACGCUGAGGAAAGCGAAAUUCAUGUCUGAGGACCAGCCAUCGGGGCAGGAUGGAGAGCUUGGGCCUGCAAGCAGUGACCCUUAGUGACGGGACGACAGCCUACAUCCAGCAGGCUGUCAGAGGUGAAAAGCUGAUUGAAGGGCAAGUCAUUGAACUUGAAGAUGGGACCACAGCUUAUAUCCAUCAGGUGACGAUUCAGAAAGAGUCUGUGACUUUUGAAGACGGUCAGCCAGUGGUGUUGGAAGAUGGCAGUACGGCCUACAUCCACAGCACAGCUAAAGAAAGUUAUGACUCCAGCACCUUCGAGGCCGUCCAGCUGGAGGAUGGUUCCACUGCCUACAUACAUCGUCCUGUCGUCGUGCCACCUGGCAGCACCAUCCUGGAAGUGCCGGCAGGAACUGGGCUGGAGGAGCUGGCUGGGGAGGAGGAAGGUGAUGCCUUUGAUGUGGAGACCAGGAAUGCGUUACAGCAGUACGGCGGCAAGGUGUCUGAAGAGGAGGAGGAGGAGGGAGUGACGGACACCUGCCGUACGAAGAGCGAUGACUCCAGCGACGUCCCUUCCCAGGAUUUGCAGGAGGAGGAAGUGCCCAGCGAGGAGCAGGGGCAGGCGGUCAGCAGCAGAGCUUUCCGUUGUGGGCACCAAGGCUGUGGCCGCCUCUACACCACCGCCCACCAUCUAAAGGUACACGAACGUGCUCACACAGGUGACCGACCGUAUACGUGCAACUUCCCAAGCUGUGGGAAAGCGUUUGCUACAGGGUAUGGGCUGAAGAGCCAUGUGAGAACACAUACUGGUGAGAAACCAUACAAGUGUCCAGAAGAUGUGUGUAGCAAAGCCUUCAAAACCUCCGGAGAUCUCCAGAAACACAUCCGGACGCACACAGGUGAGCGUCCCUUCAAGUGCCCCUUCGUGGGCUGUGGCCGCUCUUUCACCACGUCCAACAUCCGCAAGGUUCACAUCCGAACGCACACGGGCGAGCGGCCGUACAUGUGCCCGGAGCCCGGCUGCGGGAGAGGCUUCACCAGCGCCACCAAUUACAAGAACCACAUGAGAAUCCACACAGGUGAGAGAAGGAGAAG